AUGAGUGUGGAGAACUGUGGAGUGUGGCUGGUGGUUCGACAGCCCACGGGCCUGGCUGGCUGCCGUCCUGCCACUGUGAUCAUACUUGUGCCCUGCUUCCCCUGUGGCAAAACCGUUGGCAACGAGUGGCUGCUGCAGGCUGAGUACAAAGGGGACGCCCUGGACACUCUGGACCUGAAGUGCUACUGCAGCCACUGCAUGCUGCUGGCCCACGUGCCCGUGAUCGGGGAGCUGCUCAAGAGUGCACCCCUGGAGGAGUGACCCUGCAGGAGCCGCCACCUGCCAUGCUGACC